GCAGCAGAGACUGGUUUUCAGUGACUCAGCCUUUCUUACCCAGCUGAGGACAAGCACUUCUCAUCCUCCUGCUCCCGCCAUUGUUACAUCCCAGCCCCCCCUCCAGGCUCCAGACCCUCCACCAGCAUUGACUCCCUUUCUUCUCUUACUGCAUAAGUAUUAUGGUUUUACAGCAUCGUUUUUACCAACACUUUUCUAUGGAAAGCAAAGGGUAUCGUGUAUCCACUGCCGGUGGUAAAUCUGACGGGCGCGACGCCUUCAGAGAAGCCUGAUCUUCAGACCUGUCUCCACUCCAGCUGAGAUACUUGAAGGAUCGGGCGGAGUUGAUCUGCCUUGUCUUAUCACUACAUCACUAUAACCCCAGUCAUCUUCUUGAUUAUUUGCAUCAUCCAAAAUGGUUGGCUUCAAACCCACCGACGUCCCCCCUACCGCCGCAGUGAAGUUCAUUGGCGCAGGUACGGCAGCGUGCAUUGCUGACCUGUUCACCUUCCCUCUGGACACUGCGAAAGUCCGUCUCCAGCUCCAAGGAGAGACCAAGACAUCAGUCAACGUGAAGUCUUCCCAGUAUAAGGGCGUCUUCGGAACCAUCUCCACCAUGGUCAAGACUGAAGGACCACGGAGCCUUUACAACGGGCUGGUGGCCGGUCUCCAGCGACAGAUGAGUUUCGCGUCCGUCCGUAUCGGACUCUAUGACUCUGUCAAGCAAUUCUACACCAAAGGAUCUGAACAUGUCGGAAUCGGGAGCAGACUUCUCGCCGGCUGCACGACCGGAGCCAUGGCCGUCGCAAUCGCUCAGCCCACGGAUGUGGUGAAGGUGCGCUUCCAAGCUCAGGCCAAAGUCUCCAGCUCCAGAAGAUACAAGGGGACGAUGGACGCCUACCGGACCAUCGCCAAGGAGGAGGGCAUGCGCGGCCUCUGGAAAGGCACCGCCCCCAACAUCACCCGAAACGCCUUAGUAAAUUGCACUGAGCUGGUGACCUACGACCUCAUCAAGGACGCCCUCCUGAAAUCCAACCUCAUGAGCGACACCCUCCCGUGUCACUUCACCUCUGCGUUCGGCGCUGGUUUCUGCACCACGGUGAUCGCUUCCCCCGUUGAUGUAGUGAAGACAAGAUACAUGAACUCUGCCAAGGGACAGUACCAAAGUGCCCUGAACUGUGCCCUCACCAUGGUGCGGCAGGAGGGACCCAUGGCUUUCUACAAGGGGUUCAUGCCGUCCUUCCUGAGGCUGGGCUCCUGGAACGUCGUGAUGUUUGUGACUUACGAGCAGCUGAAGAGAGCCAUGAUGUCCGCCCGCGUCUCCUGGGAGGCUCCUUUCUGAGGCGCCGCUCUGGCCUUUGGGUUGUAACCUCUCCCCCCUCCCCCGGCCUGUCCUCUACCUCUUAGUACGGUUUACGUUAGGCCCCCCCCCUCCCCCUCCGUCCUUACUUCACACUUAUUUCUGGCCACUUGGAAAUAAAAAAAAAAAUAAAAAAUAAAAAAAAAGGAAUAAUUAAAAAAACUAAAAUUCCCAUUCUUCACCAGUCUAGGAGCGAGCGGGAAUGUCCUAUGGCGGCCAUGUUGCCAUCUCCUAGUUUUCUGUAACAAAAAGGGAACUUUAAAAAAAUAUAUAUCCCCCCCCCCCCCCCAAUAUUUUACUUCAGCUUUUAGUGUUUUUUUAUUUUUUUAAUAAGAAUUUGUCAAUUUUGAUGCCUGAGUUCAGGUUUAGCUCCAGUUUUGAGAAUUUACAUAAAAUUUAGUAUUUGGAAGUCUUUUGCUUCAUUAAUCCUGUGAGUUAUUCACUAGUCACAGCCAAAGCUGCAUUCAGAAGUAUCAUACUGGUCGGCUGGUGCCCCUCAGUUGUCAAUUCCCAGCACGUUCUGACAGCUGGCUGUCGGGGCAUGCUGAGAGUUGUAGUUUUGCUUCAUCUUGGGGGCUGAUGCCAUCCGUGCAUUACCAGAGCUUUUUCUGAACUGCCAGUACAGUGCAGCUUUGGUUGUGACUACAGUAUGGUUAUCCUAGUAGUGUUUGCAGGAUUACUGGUCUGGUGGUUGUGUAGUCAUAUGGGGCCACAGUUAUCGGUUGCAGCUUUCAAUUCCUUCAAGCACACCACAAGCUGCAACCCAAGGUGACUUCCGCUUUUAUUUUUUUUUGUUUGCUCAUCUGUUGCGUGACGGUCACACUCCAGGGGCUGCUGACGUGACUCAUCCGCCGACUACUCCCCUCACCCUCCUCAGGACCAAACCACUCCUGUUCACGUUUUUAAUUGUCUUUUUUUGUAUGACUUUGCAUGAACUAAAAAUAAAGAUGCACAAAACGGU